GACGAAUCGCUCCUGUAGCAAGAAACAACUAGCCCAGGUAGCAGGCAUAAGUCAGAUUAUGCGUCGUGGUUCUCCGUCUCGUUUCACAAUUUUUUUUUGAACGACAAACUCAAUGCGGUUAGCGAGUUGCUUAGUCCGGUGUGCUUCUGAUUCCAUCUUACGAAGUUUCGUUUUCCUCGCAUUGUCGCCGUGGUAGCCAUAUCCGCUUCGGUGAUAGCAGCAACAAUGAUGCGCGCCGGCCCUGGAGCCGCCCCGGUUCCGAUUUCCCUCUUGAGGAGGUCAGGGGAGGUCCGAGAGGUUCUGGUGGACAAACACAACAUUCCCCUACGUCCUGGCACUGAUGAAGUUUACGUGCCGCACCUGCGAAAAGUGAUCCACGAUCAGCUGAAGCAAGAAGACGCAACGUCUGCACCGUGGCACUGGUCUUGUGUCAGCCUGGACAGAGUCGUGAGUUCGGCGACGGGAGAAGACGCAGUACUGGAGCGCAAUCCGCUGACGAUCAAAUUUCGGGAGUUAAUCCCUGCGGCAGGAGCCGCCGAUAUCUCGGUACAAAGGAUUCGUGUGUAAAUCUUGACCCACAUGCCAUUGAUUACUUAGUUAUUGUACAUCGCUCGAAGUGCAGAUAUGGUGGGCGAGGCGUCGAAUCACGUUGAUAAUGCAAAGAAAUGUGCUCUCGUACCACCCCAACGAAAUUAUCACCUUGCAUUCGUGCGUCAAUGUAUAUCACAGCAAAUUCUCAGAAAAGCACGACGAGACAAAACAUUCAAAUAUCAGGAUGCAAUGGACGUCAUUGGGGGUGAAGGAUCUCAGCAUGGCUCCGGGCGGUUGCAAUUCGAAGUCAGCGAUGCCAUUUCUGGGCCCAGCGAUAGCCCGACACUAAAAGAACCACCAUGGGAGAUUUUACCCCUUGGAAAAUACCUGCUGUUUAGAAACCCGUCGUAUUUUCGGGAUUGCCUCAGUUUGGGCGAAAUCGAAAAUCUAAAACUGGAAUGUCGUGGCACUUUCAUGGACAAAAAUACAAAAGCUCAAUGGACUGACGAAUGGCCAGCAGAAAAGCAAAAGAAGUUCUUCGGCUUCCUGGCGGCCAACUCCAAACGCCCGAACCCGUGCGCGCUGCUUUUUGCCGCGGUAAAGCGUUUUGCAAUCUUCCUCCACGCCUCCGAGGACGGUGCCGAUGCCCACGAGCAUUUUAAUGAGGACGCAAUCCAGAACGGCUUCGGAGAAUUCUUUCGGCAUGCUCCGCAGCUGGAGGAGCUCGAAGUUUAUUGGAAUGGAAAGACGGGGCAGACCCUCGAAGCGUUAGUGUGGCAGCCGUUAGCCCAGAACGACCACGCUGCAGCCACGCUGAAGAAACUCUUCGUCGUCGGCGGAAAUUUACGGGGCAUUGGUGGUGCUUUGAUGAAGCUUCGAGGCUUGCAGGACCUUGUCGUGGUCGACGCUGAGUCUGACGAGGAAACUCUCCAGGCACCUCGCUGGGAAAUCCGAAACGGAUUGACUAGCAAGUCACCAGACGCUUACGCGCAACCAUUGAUCGAUGAGGGGCUCGACGAAAUACGUGAAUAUCUGAAAACCGACAGCAGCAAGUCUUUGAGCACUCUCACGCUCACUCCGGCGGUCUUGGCCAGAAUGCGCGAUGAUAUUGCGGAGUCCACGGCCCCUAUCCAGCGGUUCCGCAUCUGGGGUGUUCAUGACGCCGAUGUUUUCCAGCAGGCCGUCGAAGAUUUGAAGUUCAUUCUGUUGAAUAAACCCGAUGCCCAGGGAAUCGACCUCUGGUUCAUGGUCGACCAGAACCUCGUGCUGUACGUGGAAUUGAUGCAAGCAUUUUUUACCGAAAAGAACAUCCCGCUCCUACAGAAACUCGGCGUCGUGCGGUUUUCCUUUCCGGAUGACAAAUUAAACAAACUUCAAACCGACUGGUUGGAUACGUACAAAACACUAGAAUUUCUCGUCGAGUUCUUUCGCGAGCAUGCAGAUCUACCUUUUCGACUCGACCUGCAGGACGAUGAGGACGACAAACGAAAGUACCUGGCUCAGGUAGAUCCGAUCCUCGCGCAGUUAAAAAAAAACAAGAAAACAGACCUUGAUCAGCGUGCCUUUGCAUGAUUAGCCUUCCGAUUUCUCGUCACACCCUUUUGCCAUAGUUUCUGACUCUGGGAAGAAGACAAUUAUCUUGUGUGGCGAUGCGUGGCUCCUCGACGAGCUUGCGGCUGGACUUGCAUGCUGUAUCAGUUCCGAGUCAACAUAUCUUGAUGACGAUGUCAUGAUGAUGGUGAAAAUGAACAGGCAUAGGGCAUAAGAGAAGCUGACGGUGGUGCAAAUUUCUCUUGUUCCAUAGUGCCGCUUCGUGGAACAAACGGAGUGUGAGCCCUUUCCCGCGUCGCAUCUUGUCCAUUAUGGUUGGUGACGGAUGGCGAUAGAGAGAUUUGUGCGCUUGCCCGACGUGCACACAUCGUACCGCUUGUGAACAGGCGUUUGGUACUACUUUGAAGCAGAACUACAUACCCACCUGCUUUACCUAAAUGGCCGUUUUUGAAUUUUGCUUAUUGUCUUUUUUUCCCGCGGAUAGAUACCCACAGCCGAAAGUCAUCAACUUCCCGAGAUAUUAGAUAUUGCGACUUCUCCGAACAAAUGUUUCAAGAAAAGAAACAAUCCUUGAUCUCUUUGCGCUUUCGGAAGCAUGCGUUGCCUGUCGACAACGCUUCCAAAAGUGGAAUUUGGACAAUGAAACUCGAAGGACCUAUUCUUGGAUGCGAGGGCAAUUUUGGCAGCCUGAGAUUUGUCGG